AAUGGGGGAGACAUAAAUGAAUUCCUGGAAGAGUUUUUUCUUCAAAUUUCUUCAAAUUCAUGGAAUGGCUUCAAGCAACCACAAGAGGAAAAUAAUUGUUAUUUUCAUAACAUUCUUGUGUAAUAUGUUGCAAUCUGUUAACCUUGAUUCAAUUAACAAGUGCGAUGUUUCUUUUCCAACUAUAUCUGUUGUUUCCUAUUGUCCUGUUUCCGAAGAAGAAUGGAAUGAAAGAGCUGUGAAGAAGCAAUGCCAUAAUAUUCCUCAAAACUGCUCAGAAAACUUAUUAUUCCAUUGUUUGGUUAAUGUCUUCAGAAAUGCAACAGUUGAAGUGUGCGCAAAGGCAAUAGAAAUUGUUGGUGGCUGUGCGGAGUUUAAUCAAGAAAUAGGGAGUAUACAGACAAAUGUAGUAUUCAACUGUAUCUCUUGUAAAGAAAGGAUUUACAACUCCACAGAUGCCUAUAAAUAUGGGGAAUGCAAUCAAGUUGUAAAACAACCAAAUAAUGCAGGCAAACCUUUAUUAUUCUGGGGAGAUCGUGGAGACAAGGUGUUACACAUAACAGUUGAAACCGAUGAAAAAACAACUGGAAAUUUUCCUGCAAUAACCAGUACGACUGUACUUCUCACCUUCAUGUGUUUAGUGUUAACAGUUCUGCUUGUAAUGAUUGUAAUUUUGAUGAUUUCCAAGUUUCGAGGGAUUAAAGGGAAAAGAUGACUUAAAGAAUGUAUAUGUGUAACAUAGUUUUCGUCAUCAAUGAAGACUGUGAUAUUUUAGAAAAAUAUUAAGACUUUACUAUGAAUGCGAGUUUUGUAUGUAGUAGACCUAUAAAAGUGGAAACAUCGUUAGCGAUGAAAAUCGGACGGCUAGCAAAAUUGUAUUUACCAACAUACAGUAUGACCUUGUAAAUAUUACAACUGAACUGAUAUUAUACAUACUUUGCAACAUGAUUUAUUCCUUCGUUCACGAUAAUAUGGUAUGAUGCAUUAUUUAAUAAAAACCGUUGCUUGAUUUUUCAAGCACGCAACAAGUUUUUUUUUUUUGCUAUUUAUCAAAGGUUUUGAUGUGUUGUAGGAAAUGAUCAUGUAAAAAUGCAUGGUAUACAAAUUUCUUCUCCAAGGACAGAAUAUUUCAAUGAAAAUAGAAAAUACUGCCACUCCUGCUUUAUUAAAAAGUCUGAAAUUGAAUGAAAUUGAAAUCGUAUAAACCGAGGUCCCGUAUCGCAAUAGGUGCUGGCACGAAAACGAUCCCUUCCUGCUCAUUGGCCCUAGGUGCCGAGUAUAGGAGAAUUUGUUGCUCUCCGCCGACAAGUGGCGUCUUUAUAUGAGUGAAAAUU